GAGCAUAAAGAUUGGCGGGGGGAUGAUAGUAGGCGAGGAUGAGCGUAGUACGGUUAAGCGUUUAAUAAUGCGGUUCGGCCUUGUAUAGAAUAAACAUUUUCUGAAGUGAUUUGGCUUUUUAUUUGUUAAUUUUAUUCUUUGCUUUAACUGGCGGUUAGAAGGACAGAUUUUUUGUUUGUUUGUACAGUUGCGUCUCUACAACAUCGCAUCCUCGUUCCUGUCUUUCGGCAGGUUCACCAGACAGCCUCGACUUCCUCACUGCGCUGAUAUGUAUCGCUUGCAGUCGCUGGCAGCGCGAUCAUUGAUCGCCGGAGCUCUCGAUCAGUGUUCCCCCUUGACACUGACAUCUCUUACUGGGGUGCGACACAAAUCUCAAGGUCCGUCCGUGGAGAAGUGCGGCCAGAUGCGCUUCCUCACCGCCGAGGCUAAAGCGGCUGCUGGGCGCCUCGAGGGGAAGCUGCGGGAGAAGACCCUGACUCUGGACACACUGAACCCGCAGGUGAAGGCUGUGGAGUACGCCGUGAGGGGACCCAUCGUCAUCAAAGCCGGAGAGAUCGAGAGAUACUUGGAGGAGGGUGGUACGAAACCCUUCUCUGAAGUCAUCAAAGCCAACAUCGGUGAUGCACAUGCCAUGGGACAACAGCCAAUCACCUUUCUCAGACAGGUGGUGGCUCUCUGUACAUUCCCUGAGCUGAUGGACAGCCCUAGUUUCCCAGAGGAUGCGAAAUGGAGAGCACGGCGUAUCCUGCAGGGCUGUGGGGGACACAGUCUCGGGUCAUAUAGUGCUAGCCCCGGCGUGGAGUGCAUCCGCAAAGACAUCGCUGCGUACAUAGAGCAAAGAGAUGAAGGAGUUCCUUCAGACUGGGAAAACAUUUACCUCACCACUGGGGCUAGUGAUGGCAUCAUGACUAUUCUACGGCUACUUGUGUCUGGAAAAGAUUCUUCCCGGACCGGUGUAAUGAUCCCCAUCCCUCAAUACCCGCUUUACUCCGCUGCAAUCUCAGAGAUGGAUGCUGUACAGGUCAACUACUACUUAGAUGAGGACAACUGCUGGGCCCUGGACAUCAAUGAACUUUACAGAGCUUAUCAGGCUGCCAAACUGCACUGUCAGCCAAGAGUCAUUUGCAUCAUUAACCCUGGCAACCCUACUGGUCAGGUCCAGAGUAAAAAGUGCAUCGAGGAAGUCCUGCACUUUGCUUAUGAAGAGAAUCUCUUUGUUAUGUCAGAUGAGGUGUAUCAGGACAAUGUGUACACUCCUGACUGUCAGUUCCACUCCUUCAAGAAGGUGCUGUAUGAGAUGGGUCCCGAGUACUUCAACAGCGUGGAGCUCGCCUCCUUCCAUUCCACUUCUAAAGGCUACACGGGAGAAUGUGGCUUCAGGGGAGGAUAUAUGGAGGUGAUCAACAUGGAUCCUGAGGUCAAGGCCCAGAUGGUCAAGCUUUUAUCAGUUCGUCUGUGUCCCCCCUUGGCUGGCCAGGCUGCAAUGGAUGUGAUCGUCAACCCUCCACAACCAGACGAGCACUCGUACAAACAGUUCCGCCAGGAGAAAUCAUCAGUGCUGGGUGCUUUAGCAGACAAAGCUAAACUAACUGAGCAGAUCUUGAAUGCAGUUCCAGGAAUCAAGUGUAAUCCCGUCCAGGGGGCCAUGUAUGCCUUCCCUCGAAUCUUUAUUCCUCCUAAAGCAGUGGAGGAAGCCAAGGCUCUAGGCAUGCAGCCGGACAUGUUUUACUGUCUGAGAUUGCUAGAGGAGACCGGGAUCUGUGUUGUUCCUGGUAGUGGCUUUGGGCAGAAGGAUGGAACGUAUCAUUUCAGAAUGACAAUCCUGCCAUCCAUAGAGAAGCUGAAGGUACUUCUUGGCAAAGUGCGAGAUUUCCACAUCCGUUUCCUGAAAGAGUACUCCGCUCUGGAGUGAGAGGAGAUGUGAUCUGAUUUGCAAAACAUAAGCUCGCGAGUCUAGCAUUACUUGACAAACUAACACAUUUGAACUGUAAAGAUAGUGUUAAGUCUCUAAUUUCUUUUUAAUUCAAAUUUUAGACAUGACUUAAUCAAGUAAUUGGAAUUACAGCCUUGUUUACUAAUAUUUUCAGAAAAUGGUUUCUGGAUGAGUUUACAGAAAUAACGAUUUAGUCAGACAUGUAACACUUCUUGAAUCAUUCAGUUAUGUUUCAAGGUUCAUUAGAGAAAAUGGUACACGUUGUCUUAUAUAUAUAUAUAUAUAUGAAAUUUGCCUUUCAAUCAUAAUUUCUGCAGCAGGGUGCAUGGUAAAUAGACAACCUCUAUAAUACAUGAGAUUCUGCUACAAGCAUUAUUUAUUAACAACUUUCCAAACCAGGAACUAAUUUGUGAUUGAUGUUACUUGAAAAUAGCUCAAUUGAAACUCUUUUGUAGCACCUUAUAUGAUCUAUUCAAAACCAUUUGGCUGAUGCAACUUCUACAUAUUUUUUCUCUUUGGUGCUAAGGGAGAGGAGCGUGUAUGAUGUUGUGAUGAACACUUGUUAUGGUCCUGGGAAGUUUACAAGGAGGGACUCUUUUAAUGUUUGUGUUGUCCUCAUCUUUAGUUGCACUCAUUGCCACAUGUACAUAAUGUACAUAAACAUUUUUAUCUUAGAAAAUUACAAAUUUAGUCCCAAAUUAAGCUUCUGUAGAAGAUUGUGGCUAAAACAAUGAUUUACGCGUCUCUGACCCUGUGUGUUUUCAAGGCCAGUUGAAAACAUGAAGGGAAGGAAGCAUGUGUGGAGAAAGUGCUGUGAUUGUUUACUGAUGUAUUUUAUUUCCUCUGGUUUUGUUGCAAGCUAUUUUGAGAUAUUAAACAUAAUGCUGUUUGAAUCAGUCCUUGGACCUGUACCAUGAAGCUAGCUGAAUAAAUUCUGGGUUACAGGAUUGGUUUCAAGCUGACAAAACCAAACCAAUCCAAUCAGGCUUCAGUGAUACCAUGAUGCUGAUCAACUUUUUUCUGUCGGCUCAGACCUUGAUCCUGAAUUUGUGCAUAACUAUAUAAACAUGCACAUGAAAGUUGCAGAGGCGUCAUGUGUCCCCUAGUGGAUUUUGAAUGCAGCUUCCGAGAGACUAAAACAAUAGACUAAUACUAUAUUUACAUUUGAUUAAAACGUUCAGUGCGGCACAUCAUCAGCUGCUAAACUCAAAUCUGCGAUCGUGCUUUGGCUGGCGCUGAGCCAGAGACACGUGCUCUUUUCAGUGUUUUCAACCAUAUAAUGCUUCAUUUAUGUUUCUCACUAUCACGAAUAAAGUGAACAUUUCGAAAAUUUUAUUUUGGCAUUAAAUUUAAAUGCAUUUUAAAUACAAAGUCAGUCGUAUUAAAAUAUUUUAAGACAUGACACUCACUGGUUUUAUACUUUGCUAAUAGAUUAUACUUAUAUUAGGCUACUUGCCCAUCGCCUGUUAUAGAUAAACAUGAUCUACAAAGGUGCAAAAUGCAUUUCACAUAUUCGAGAAUCGAGAUAUUUCAUGAUAUAGUUUACAAGUUUGGGAAUAUUUUGAGAAAAAAAAGGAAAUAGGCCUCCAUCAGUUAUACAGCACUAUAUAUUGUGGCUGCUGUGUCACAUGACUCAACCCUCCCAACAGUGCACCCUCUAAAAUACCAAGUGCAUGACGCCCCUGAUUGGACGCAUUUACAAAUUAAAUAUUAGCUAUUAAGAGAUAUUUGUGCCAAAGUUGACUCAGUUGUAAACCUCCCUUUCUUGACAUCUAAUCAAAGCCGUUAACAGUGAAUGAAUGUUGUUAAAGUCUGUUAAAGGUGUGUUCUGCUUGAAGCAGUGCUGCACACACAGAUCGGUGUAGGACAGGGAUGUCCAAACUCAGUCCUGGAGGGCCGGUGUCCUGCAGAGUUUAGCUCCAACUAGUUUGGAGACCCCUGGUGUAGGAGGACAUCCAUGAGAGCACUAGAGAGCAGUUAUCAUUUUUUUUCAAGAUUUGUAUACAUCUUAUUUUUAUGUACUUGCCGUUUUUUUUGUAUCAUUUAAAUUUGGCUGGGUGGUUCAUAACAUUUUUCUGUGUUGUGACAGACUCAGAACACAUUUAAUAUUGCUUUACACGGACUUGAAUGCCACCUUGCAUUAUUUGAACUUAUCACUUCAUAUGUGGUGCCUUUAUUCAAGCCUGUGAACUUUUAAUGAAACAAGUUUUCACUACAUGCAUUAGUAAUAAUUGGUAAUAAAGCUUGUUUAUUUUGUAUUUUUUAUUUUAUUUUAUUUUUUUGGUGUAUAGAUUUUUUUAAAAUUGGCCCAGUGUUAACAUUGUAUAUAUAGUAUUUUCAAUUGAAUAUUAAACUUCUGGAGACUGUUGAAGUGCA